AUGUGCGACAGCCAAACAGCAGAGCAGCCGUCAUCUUGCCAGCCUUCAUUCUCACGGUGGUCCAUCUGUAGCAGCGAUUGCGGCGCUGGACUGUCAUCCAGAAGAUCGAACCUAAACGCUCGAUGUACGACGGAUACGGAAACGAGGUUAUGUCAGACGAAGAGGUGUAGCGAUAAGGACCAGUUAGGAGAGAAACAGAAACACCAUCAUCUCAGGCGUGGUCAUGAAUGUAAGGCUACGCAUCGCUUGAGUACAGCGGUGUUUCUCCGAUUUGGACCGUGCAGAAGCAAAAAAAGAUAUCGACCGAAGUACUGCGGUGUAUGUCCUUUACCAGGCAUCUAUUGCCAACCUACACUGAGCACCACCGUCAAAGUUGAAUUUUUAUGUGGAGGUACUGAUCCAUCCGAGAAUCCCGGCGACCUGCUCCCCGAGAUCCUGGAGCCCGGAGCGGACUUGUGGGCGGACACUUUCCUGGAAGGUCAGAAAGACGAUCUGCCUCCUGACGCGAUGACGAUGACGGUGCUGGUGCAGUGGAUACUUAAAUGCAGGUGCCUGCCCACGGACGCGUCAGAACCAACCCUGAGCACAGGGGAAGUCAUACUUCACAGGGUACACAGGACUGCAGCGCCGUGAGACGGCGGUGAUUUCGUGAAUUGUGAUUGUGAUUUUGUGGUUAUCGAACGUGGAAGUUUAACACAGCACUAAUUUAGGACAGCGUUACUUCGAUUGUAAAAAGGAUAUUUCUGAUAGAUUCUUUUAGUGAGUGAGAAACUUGUGAUGCAAGGCCUGUUUUACUGAUUUGUUGUGCAUAUCAUUUAUCUAAGAAUUCAAUUUAUUCAGCUGAUUGCAGAUGAUUUGGAGCCAAGACGUAUAGCGAACCGUAUACAAAGAUCCUUUAUUCUAAAAUCGUUCACAGUACAAUAAAUAUUUGAAAUGAUAUUCAGGUUAUCUGAAGUCUUAAAAUGUAACUAUUGUUGCUUAAAAAAAGUAACUCACUAUUGACAUACAUUGAGUUCCAUACGUAAAUGGAUAUAGUGAAGCGCUACGUAGUAUAUACAGGGUGACUUCGAAGUUGAGUCAUUUAUUUUAACAGUGAGUAGAUCUGAUCAAAAGAUAUGUUUUUUUCCUUUAACAUUUUUCUGGUAAAAUUAAAGUAACAAAGUUAUAGCCCUUUAGAAGUUUGAGUACCGCCCUGUCUCAAUAAUAAUAUUAUGUACUCGUGUUUGGCAACAACGGAUAUAAUCCGCCGUAUCGGUUCAUCGCAUAGGAGACAAAAAAGCAAAAGAAUUUGAAACGCUUAUCACGAUGUUUUUACUACAAUUUGAUUCAGUUGCAUUCAGUCAAUGUGUCAGUCGGUAACGCGUGAGUGAAUAGUGGUGUUUGUUGCGUGACUCAAACGAAAUAAAAAAUGGCACAUGUUUACGAAAAUGCUGAACUUGUGAACAUGAUUCUUAUUUACGGAGAGGGAGUCUUUACAAAAUGCUGUCGCGGCAUCACGGAUUUAUGCGGAUCGGUUUCUCAAUCGAGUGCAACCAACCCCUCGUGCAUUUGUUAAUGUAGUACAAAGGGCUCGUGAAUCAGGUGUCAUCGCCGAGACAGAGGCGUAUUUUGGAGAGUUCGACAAAUCCUAUUUUUUCGGGGGUUGAAAAAAGGCAGGAACGUUGGCAAAAGUGAAUCUUUCUGCAAGGGGAUUAUGUUAAAAAAUAAAAAGUAAUUUUUUGGAAAAAGUGGUUUCUUCAUUUCUAACACAAGUACUUAUUGAACCGCCCUCGUAUAGCAUAUCUCAAGCAAUAAUGUUGUCAAAGAUGUCUAGAUGGACUCGAUUUUUUUUUGUUUUUUUUUUUAUUUUCAUCGAAAUCAACACAUUUCUAGCUUAAUAUUGAGAGGCUUGACCGAGUACAAAAAAUAAUUAAUGAUGCUAAUUACUUG